CGCAGUUCCCAUUGCAGUUCCCAUUGCAGUUUUUCGUUUUAAAAAAUGACCAAAGUAAAUUUCCUUGUAUUCCCACUGCUAUUUGCUUCUGCAUUUAGCUUCUGCAUUAGAGAGGCCAUGCGCUUUAAUUUCAUCAUUUACAAUAUAUAUUAGGUUUGGUUAGGCUUAAAUUUGCCAUUAUUCUUAUUGUUGUUGCUGUUGAAAGGUAGAAAAUUAAUUGGAAGGAGGUGGGAGAAUGAAGCCUACAAAGCAGCAGCAGCAGCAAACCAAUCAACAAUAUGCGGCGGCGGCGGCAUCAACUAAUUUUACUUUCGAUCUUUCUAAUGUCAACUUUUCCAGCUUUGACACUCCAAACCCACUUGCUAAUUUUACGGCUCACACCCACGAUUUGGAAGCUCCCCCUCACUCCAACAAUUCCACAGAUAAUUUUGUUCAACCAAGAAAACAAAGAAUUGAAAAUCUUGAACAAAGGAUUAAUCUGUAUCGAACUGCACUUGAGGGUGAUUGGAAAAAUGCUCAAUCUAUUUUGGUGAAUAAUAAAUCAUUGUUAACUGCUUCAAUAACACGAGACAAGGAGACUGCUUUGCAUAUUGCCGCUGGAGCCAAGCACAGUGGUUUUGUGGAAGAGCUUGUAAAACAAAUGAGCAAAGAGGAAGUUGCUUUGAAAAAUAGACAUGGAAACACUGCCCUAUGCUUUGCUGCUGCUUCAGGAGUUGUAAAAAUUGCUGAGGUGAUGGUUAAUAAGAACAAGCAUCUUCCACUUAUUCGUGGCUUUGGUGAUGUUACUCCUCUUUUCAUGGCAGUUUCUUACAAAUGCAAACCAAUGGCUUCCUACCUAUUUUCUGUCACUCAACUCAUCGAGCUAACCUCCGAGGAACAGAUCGAGCUUCUUAUUGCCACCAUACAUAGUGACUAUUUUGAUAUAAGUUUGAAAAUUUUGGAAUUGAAUCCAAGCUUGGCCACCAUGAAAGACACAAAAAACAAUAACGAGACAGCAUUGCAUGUCAUGGCUAGAAAACCGUCAGCAAUCGAUAGUGGAGAUCGGCUAAACUUUUGGAAAAACUGUAUCACUUUCGUGCAAGGGAUCUCCAAUAAAGAAGAAGAGAUGAAGACAGUAGCCCGUCAAUUAGUUGAAUCAUUAUGGAAACAUGCUGUAUUUGAGUUUCCACAAAAAGAGUUGUUGAGCUUCAUUAGACAUCCCUCAAGAUUGCUUCAUGAUGCCGCAAGUGUAGGAAAUGUUGAGUUUUUGGUUUUACUCAUUCGUAGAUAUCCAGAUAUUGUAUGGGAAGAAGACGCUGAUGGUAAAAGUAUAUUUCAUGUAGCAGUUGAGAAUCGACUUGAGGAUGUGUUCAAUCUAAUAUAUGAGAUUGGUGGGCUGAAGGACUUUUCUGCAAAAUAUAGAACCACUGUUAAAGGAAAGUAUAAUAUUCUACAUCUGGCUGCAAAACUGGCUGCUCCUAACCAUCUCGAUAGGGUCUCAGGAGCAGCCCUUCAAAUGCAACGUGAAUUACUUUGGUUUAAGGAAGUAGAGAAGAUAGUCCUGUCGUCCCAACUGGAGGCCAAAUGUGAGGAUCCUCUAAAGUUGACACCGCGCGAGUUAUUCACUAAAGAGCACAAAGAUCUUCGUAAAGAUGGCGAGGCGUGGAUGAGAAACACAGCAAACUCUUGCAUGCUUGUAUCAACUUUAAUUGCCACAGUAAUAUUUGCAGCAGCCUUCACAGUUCCUGGUGGUGAUAAUAGUGAAGGCACUCCUAUAUUUCAAAAGAGGUUUUGGUUCACUGUGUUUGUUAUAUCAGAUGCAGUUGCUUUGAUCUCAGCCUCAAGUUCAAUUUUGGUUUUCUUGUCGAUCCUAACGUCACGCUAUUCAGAAGAUGAUUUCUUGCAUUCACUGCCCUUUAGAUUGCUCAUCGGACUCACUUCGUUGUUCAUCUCCAUUGUGUGCAUGGUGGUGGCCUUUAGUGCAACCUUCUUUAUGCAUUACCACAAUAAUACAAAUACGUGGGUUCCUACCACAGUGGCUACAACAACGAUUGUUCCAGUUUGCUGCUUUUGCGUGCUUCAGUUUAAACUAUGGGUCGAUAUAUUUCACAACACUUAUUUGUCUAAGUUUCUUUUCAGGUCCCGUCAGCGUAAAUUGUCCUCAUCAUCUCCUCUCACGGUUUUUUUCUCAUCAUCUACCACUGACUCUUCCCCUUUGCCCUUACCCAACUCUAUUAUCUGCUCUACGCCUCAUUCUGCACGUGAUUCUGCAUCUUGUUCGCAGGAUUUCAGCCAAUUUACUAUAGACUGGUUACCGACCAACACCAUUAACGACUCUAAUUAACUCCAUGCAUGCAGAAUUUUGGAUUCACCAAAAAA